AUGUCUCUCCUUGUCCUGUCUGCGACUGAUGUGGACGAAAUAGCAGCAACUUUCACACUUGACGAGCUGCAAUACCUUAUGGCUCAGGUAUUUGCCCGACUUUCCAGCUCUUCUGCCGGACUCCAAGGUUUAGAUUCUGGGAUAUCUAUGCCUCCUAGGAUCAGUCUCCAAACCGAUAGCCAUACCACCCUGUUUAUGCCAGCUCACAUUGGCCCCCUACCUUUCGCUGAAAAGGCAUCCGGCUCAUCCGGCUCCAGUGGUGACCAGUUGGUGAAAACUGCGAUCAAAGUUGUUUCUGUGCCUACCAAAGACAGCUCUAAAGGCCUUCCUAGUACUACCCUGAUGUUAGACGAAAAUACGGGUUCUGUGAAGGCUGUAAUAAAUUCUCGCAAGUUGACUGCUCUACGGAAUGCUGCUAGCUCACUCCUGUCUACUAACUUAGCAGGACCCGCUGAGCCUCGAUCUAUUGUUGUAUUCGGCGCGGGACAACAGAUAGAUGCACACCUAGAUCUCCACCUUCGAUAUUUUGCAAGUAUCACCACAUGUACUAUCAUCAAUCGUACACUCAACGAUCGCGCCAUCUCUCUACGGGUUAAGAUGGCGUCUCGGUUUCCUCACCUUCAAAUAAACUUGAUCUCCUCGACAUCUCAUACUGAUGAUUCGACCCAGAACAGGAAUCUCCUGGAACACGCUGUGAAGUCUGCGGAUAUUAUUAUAUGUGCUACUUCAUCCACAGACCCCUUGUUCCCUUCGUCAUGGGUCAAGAAUGGGUGCCAUAUCAUUCUUAUUGGAAGCUACAAGCCCACCAUGAGAGAGAUUGACAAAGCUCUUGUUCUCAGGUCGAUCCCGUCCCAAAUCCGUGACAAAUACAUUUCCAAACCCUUUCCAAUUUUACUCGUCGACUCCAGAGAGGCCUGUUCUCACGAAGCAGGAGAACUUAUUGACGCACAAGUCACUCCCUCUCAGAUGACAGAAAUCGGAGACAUUAUCCCGAAAAACUCAAAUAAUACUCUAUCACGCGAUUCUUACCUCGAUCUGCAACCAAGGUCUAGUGACAUUGAAGAUGGAUAUGAGGGACCUGUGUCUAUUUUCAAGUCGGUUGGCAUUGGAUUACAAGACGUAGUUAUCGCUAGCGCCAUUUUUGAAAAGACUCACAGGUUGGGAAGGAAAUUUGGAACCCUUGUGCAAAAUUACGACAUUUAA